AGUCUUUCAACUUUCUUUAGUCAUCAAAGAACUGUAUUGUGGCCAGCAAUUGAGAGAGUGUGGACAAAGUGUAAUGACCAACUGAUAAGUGUCCUUCUAGACCGCGAAGAAGAGCUUGUGGUUGCUGGAGAUGGACGUUCUGACAGCCCGGGACACUCUGCAAAGUUUGGUGUAUACUCCAUGAUUGAUAUGCACACCGGGAGAGUAGUAGCCAUUGAACUUGUGCAGUCCAAUGAAGUGAAGUCAAGCUACCAUAUGGAGUUGGAGGGCCUUAAGAGAGCAACUGACAGUUUACGCAGAUGUGGCCUGUCCCUUGCAGAAAUCAUUACAGACAGGCAUCUGCAAAUACAAAAGUGGAUUAGAGAGAAUUUACCUGGGACUGUCCAUUCCUUUGAUGUGUGGCAUAUUGGAAAAGCUGUGAAAAAGAAGCUCCUUGCACUGUCCAAGGAAAAAGACUGCAACAUAGUCUGCAAGUGGAUGAAGAGUAUCACCAAUCACCUUUAUUGGUCAGCCGCAUCAUCCCAGGGAGAGGAGGGCUCCAUGAUUGCAGCAAAGUGGACAUCAGUGGUCAACCAUGUUCAAGACAUUCACACUGGACAUGGUGACCUCUACCAGCAGUGCACCCAUGGUCCCCUUGAACCCCGAGAAUGGUUAAAAAAGGGCUCAAAGGCAGCUGCCAAAAUGGAAGACAUUCUGCUAAACAAGAGACUGUGCAAGGACAUCAAAAAGCUGUCCACAGGAUUUCAAACGUCAACACUGGAAUCAUUUCACAGUGUAAUCAAUCACUUUGCACCAAAAAUGACAGCAUAUUCCUUCCACGGACAAAUGUGUCGCCAAUACUUGGCGGCCCUACAUUUCAAUGAAAAUGUGCAAAGAGGUAAAAAAAUAUCAAAAAAUGGAAAGUUCAACCUGAAGAUAGUAUUUCCAAAAUAUAAGGAUGACUUUUCAGUCAAGUUUGUGAAUGAUGAAAUGACCUUUGGUUAUGUAAAGGAACUUCUUGACAUGUGUAUAGAAAUAUGUGGUGAAAAAAACAAACUGUCAACCCCAGCCCCACCUCCCCUCACAUCAGGGAAAAGAAAGCCAACCAAGGUUGAGGUAACAAGGUGUUUAGGAAAAAACAAAAGGUUGAAAUAUUAGUGUAGGGGAAAUAAGAAAAAACAUAGAUUGUGACUGUUUGAAUAUAUCCCAAGAUUUGUCAACAAUUUGGCAUUUUCCUUUUUUAACACUACAUGUAUAACCUGUAUCUUAAUUGAAUAUUAUUUCCUGUAAUGGUGGUUGUUUCUGUAUAUAUGCAUGUAUAAUCUAAUGAAUCUUUGUGACAGUGGAAUGGUUUUUUUGUAUUAUACUUUCACUAAAGUUUUGAAUAUUGUUACUUAAAAAUAACUUUAUAGUAUCUGUGUAAUAUUAGCAAUACCUUUUUUUUCUUAUCCAGCCUCUUGAUCAGGUUUCAAAAGUUUAGAUUGAUUGUUUUCCUUUGUUAAGUGCAUGUUUGCCAUUCUAGUCCUUGUUUUCUGUUAAUUCAAUGCCAGAGAAUUGUUGUACAUAUCAUUUGGUGCUUUUAUUGUUUGAAAUAACAAUCAUCCUUAAUAUAAAUUACAAACCUAAACCCAUA